ACUAUGAUAUAAUAUCAUUUAUGUUGUUAUCGAAAACCUAAAUAUAUUUUCAGUAUUUCAAACAUUGGUAUAAAAUUUUACAUUUUCGCUCUCGGAUUCGGUUUAUUUAGGUUAAAAUGCCGCAUUUUGGCAAAAAACUUCCUUAAAAUGGACCUCUAUAACUAGAAAAAAUACAAUUAAAAAAUUCGAAAAUCGUUUUCAUGCGUUGAAUAGAGCAGCCGAACCUACAGCGUGUUAAAAAUUGCAGCGUCAACGGAGAAGUAGAAUUCCCGGAUUGGUGCUAUGUGAAUCUGUGCUGGGCAUCUAUCUUUAUACGGUAUUAUCGGUGAAGUAGGAGACAUUUUUGGACGAUUUCGAAGAACCUCUGAAAGUUGAAUAGCAGAAGAAACAAUAGGGCUUAGAAAUUAUUUUAAAAAUGUCUUCAUCUACCGCAAUGAGCUUGUUGGCAACGAGUGGUGCUAGGCUUCCUCCCUUGCCGACAAUACGCGACUUGGUUAGAUUGUACAAGCUGAGAGCAAUCAAGCAACUUUCGCAGAACUUCCUUAUGGACGAGAGAUUAACGAACAAAAUAGUGCGUGCGGCGGGCAACAUUCAAAAUAAUUAUGUGCUUGAGGUUGGCCCGGGUCCAGGUGGCAUAACACGAUCCAUUAUCAAAAUGUGUCCACGACAUUUGGUUGUUGUGGAAAAAGACAGGCGCUUUCUACCGACCCUGGAGCUAUUGUCGGAAGCCUCAAAGGAUUUUCUCCGAAUGGAUAUCGUACGUGGGGAUAUACUUGAGUACCAUAUGGCGGCAGCUUUUCCCGAAUGCUCUAAUAUGGAUUGGCAAGACAAACGGGCUCCUGUGCACAUAAUAGGAAACUUACCAUUUGCGAUUUCCACCCGACUACUAGUCAACUGGCUUCGUGAAAUGAGUUUGCAAACAGGCGCCUGGUCCUACGGACGCAGCAGUCUCACAUUAACAUUUCAGAAAGAAGUUGCUGAACGUAUAGUUGCCCCAAUUCUGGCAGAGAAUCGUUGCCGCCUAUCGGUGAUGAAUCAAAUAUGGAGUAGGGCAGAACUCAAGUUUCUUAUACCCGGCAAAGCAUUUGUACCCAAACCGGAUGUUGACGUGGGAGUAAUACACAUAAUUCCGCUAAAGAAACCUCUUACCAUUGUCCACUUCGAUAUUGUGGAGAAAGUUGUUCGUCAUAUAUUUUCGAUGCGUCAAAAAUACUGUCGUCGAGGUGUCGCAAACCUGUACCCGCCUGAUGUGCGAGAAGAGCUCACUGAACUUACUUUUCGAAUGGCAGACGUUGAUCCUUUGGCACGUUCUUUCCAACUUUCUACGGAAGAGUGCCUGAGAAUCGCUGAAGCCUACGAUUUACUGACGAAAUCCAAACCAGAUAUAAGGCAUUAUAAUUAUCGAGCACCAAAAGAGAAAGUCGUAGUUGAAGCUAUUUAAGGAGCCUGUUUACUGAUAAUGUAAGGGACCAUCCAUAAAUGACGUAGCAUUUUUUGAGCGAUUUAUAACACCCCCCUCCCGCAUCGUAGCAUUUCGUCACAAACCUCUAAAUACCCCCCCCCCCCCCUGGUAAUUACGUAGCUUGACGGUAACCCUGCCCCCCCUUGUCACCGUAAUUUAUUUUUUAAAUUUCUUUUCUAUUCCCCUUUAAAAAAGCUACGUAGCAUGACAUGACCCCUACCCCCCUGUCGUCACACAUCACAAAACACAAAACUUCUCCCUCCCCCAUAUAAUGCUACGUCAUUUAUGGAUGAUCCCUAAAAUAAAUUCAAAUUUCAAACAAUGCUCGUCCGCCACAGACGCCAUGGCAAGUCCAAUUUAAAAAAAUAGCUGUCGGGACAACAUUGCCUCACUUGCUACAAAUGUUUAGGAUGCUAGACUUAGCAGGCUAGUCGCUGUUCAGCGUCCAGUUGUGAAGCCAUGUUAAUCCACUAUUGAUACUUCCUUAUUUCAUUUAUUUGAUGUGGCUCAAUGCAUUAGCUUGCCUGAGCCGUGGAUCUUUUAAUAUUAACUAUGUGUAAAUAAAUACAAAUAAAACAAAUUUUAUUGUACAUCCAGCGGA